AUGCUCGAAGAAUCUUCAGAAACACACACAAACACGCAGUCGUUUGAAGAUGAGGAAACAGAGAGGAAGGGGAAGGCGGUGGUGGUCAGUGACAGCAUCGCUGGGUUGUCAUGCACGCACGCGCUGAUCAUCGCCAGCUGGGGAGUAGUGGUGUUGGAGAAAACAAGCUCCCCGGCGACGGGUUGCGCCAACGGUGCCGGGCUCGGGUUCGACCCGUUGGCGCAGAAAGUCAUCAAGUCAUGGCUCGAUGAGCCUCAUGCGCUUGACCUCACCACGCUGCCGCUCACCAUUGAUCAAAAUGAAGCAACUGAUGGGGAUAAGAAAAUCAAUUGGAUGCUAAUAAGGGAUGAGAGCUUCAAUUUUAGGGCAGCACUCUGGUCUGAUCUGUACAGCCUUCUAUACAAGGCAUUGCCUCCAAAGACAGUCCGCUGGGGGCAAACAUUUCUUUCCUUUUGCGUUUCCGACGACGGAAACCGUGUGAGAAUGAAGGCUAAAGCUUCUCAAUUUGGAGAAAUAGUUGAGGUUGCAGGUGAUCUUCUUGUGGCAGCUGAUGGUUGUCUCUCUUCAAUACGGCAGAGUUUCUUCCCUGAAUGUAAAUUGAGGUUUGUGAAUUGGUUGUUGAUGAAUUACCUGAAAACUUGAGAAGUUUUUCCUUGGACUAAAUCACAGAUUCAGUUAGAUAUUCAGGUUAUUGUGCAUGGAGAGGGGUCCUUGAUUUUUCGGAAAAUGAGGAUUCUAACACCGUUCUUGCGCUAAAAAAGGCUUUCCCUGAUCUUGGGAAAUGCUUAUAUUUCGACUUAGGAUCAGGAACUCACUCUGUGUUUUAUGAGUUGUUGAACAAACGGUAUACUCUCUCUGGAUUGUUGUUGAUGAUGAUGGUGUUGGUGAUUCUCAUUUUCUUGUUUGUGGAUGGAGUGUCUGCAGAUUGAAGAAGGUAUGGAAUGCUUGGCGACUGUUGGAAUGAAAGGUGGGUAGGAAACUAGCGUAAAUAUUAGAGGUGGGUCAAUUUUCGAAUUAAAAAAAAAUUGACUAACGGUGAUUGACGGCGUUAGGUCAGAGGGGCUUAAGUGUGCGACUUUUUGAAGUUUAGGGGCUAAUUUGCACACACAGUGAGUAAGAGGAGCAAUACGCUAUAGGGGCUUAUACUUGAGGGACAUAUCUGCACCUUAACACUUUUUAAAAAUAGCCUACGGGUGUAUCCUCCCCAAUAUACCACUUCAGUGACUAUUCGGGACCCAACAACAUAUUAUGGUUGCAGUGUAAUGAUAAUGAAGCUCUCCAUCGUUAAUUUCUUGUGCCCAAUUAGCAUUUUAAUAUGUAGUAAGCAUUUCACAAUAAACAUAUAGUAACGGGGCUGCAUUUUUUAGGUAUAACAAAUUAUACCGUCGACAUAAUACAUUAUAUCACCAACAUAACUGAUUAUACCGUCGGCAUAACCGAACUGUACUUGAAGUAGGGCAACCCAAA